AUGGCGGAACGGCAACAAUCGCCAUCUGAAUCAAAGCGUAUGUCAUUGGAUAAAAUAAUAGAUGCAAUGACUGCGGACUUGAAGAAUCCAAGUGAAAAUUAUGUGCAGUUCGGAGCAACACAGUCACAAACAACGACACCGAGUUGGGGACACUAUUUGACAAGUAACAGCAGAAAUUAUUCAGCAAGUCAAUCACCUCCGCUGUCGCAUCAAGUUCACCAUCCAAAUUCAGCUCCAAAUAUAUUACCUGUUAACUCUGUAUCCCCGCCGAUUUAUAUGCAAGAUGUUCCAAGAUACAACAACAACAACAACAACAACAACAACACUAAUAAUAUUGGAGAUCCUAUUUAUUUUUCACCACAAGCAGUUAAUCAUUUGGGAAUAAAUGAAAAUAAUGAUUUGAUUGGUACAAUUGAUGUUGGCGGUGGCAAUUAUAUCAAUGUGAUUUACGGUAAUGGACCAGUGAUUGUUUCAGAUCAAUGCCAAGUUAAUAAUUUAUCUGGGUAUAAUGGGCAUCAGAGCGUUGCUAGAGAUCGUGAGUAUGGGCUUUUUAAUGAACCGCGAGUACCUGUUCAACACAACAGCAAUUGCCAUCAAAAUACUAAUGGCAAACAACUCAUUGAUAAUCUUGUUGGUAAUUGGGUACCAAAUCAAUCAGGUACUUACAGUCCAUUUGGUAGCUCGCCGAAUGUUACUCCAGUACAAAAUUCUAUUAGUGUUGGCGCAGUUGAACAAAAAAAAGAGAUUGAAGAAUUAUUACCCAAGAGCUCGCCGCAUUCACACCCGAAAAAACAGAGAAUCGUUGCUGAAGUUAAACCUAUGAGACCAUCUUACUCAUCUGUACUCACUAAAUCAGCUCCAUCACCUUCAUUGCCUCUAAAUACAUUGACUGCUAAAACACAAUCGGAUAAUGGAUUGAAAAAAACAGCUGGUAAAAAUUCUAAAAGCAAGAAUAAAAUAGGUUCAUUAAAGCGACAGAAUUCUUCGGGAAGUGACGAUCAUGGUUCACCGAAAAUUCAAGUUCCUAAAAAAUCAAUUGAUAAUAAAAAUCAUAAUAAUUUAUCACGACGUUGGGUUUCAUUGGAUAAUCUUGAAAUACACAGUGAAUCUCAUGAAAUGGAUGCAUUUAAUAGAUCUGAUCAAUUUGAAAAACUGUCAACAUUUCCCAAAAUACGUUUUUUAAAUGCCAUAGGAAAACGAAUAGACGGCUGGCUUGGUAAUAGCAGGUUUGCAUUCUGGCGACGUAUCAAAGCAAAUAAUAAAAAAUUAGAUAGAGAAGAAAAUACAAAUUGGAUACCAGGUAGAUUGGAAACAAAUAUAUCACUGCCAAGCACCGGAGAAGAAGCAAUGAAA